AAGACUUUAAUAACGUACAAGAAGCAAAUACAAAUCAGAAGAAAUGAAAAGAAAGUUGUGGUUCAUUGCUUUAUUUUUGUUUCUCUCUUUGGGGAUCUCAUCAUCUUAUAUGGUUUCGUCUCAGCCACACCAAAUCCGUAAACUUAGUGAGUAAUACAUACGAAAAAGCUCCAUUUAAAAAUAGUUAAUAAAAUCUAAUAUUGCUAUAUAUGAGGUUUUCUGUAUUUUUUUCUCUUUAUUCAACUUAUAACUAAUAUUAAUGUUUAUAGUUUCGAUCGGCGCACCACGUAGUUUUUCACCACCGGCGGACCAAUGUUGCUAGAUAGCAAAAGGCGACGAACUAAGAGGCCACUCGUAAAUUUUAUUAGUUAGUCUUUCAUUCGUCAUUUUGAACAUUUUCGGCUGAUGACACCACAACUGAUGAUGUGUGCAUAAAGGUUGAGUUGUACAAGAAAAAUAUUUCACGUUAAAUUUAUGGAGACUUAGUCUUUCUUGUUGUUUAUGCAAAUAACGUUAGUCGUAUAUAUCAUUAGUAUAGUUAAGGAUUAUAUCAUUUCGCAACGUUUUCCAUUUUCCUUCAGUUGUAGGAAUCAUGAUUGAUUCCAGUUCUCAGCUGUAUUGUUCUAUUUAAAUCAAUCAAAAACCAAAAAAAAAAAUCAGACAUCAUACAAUUUCCCCAAUUUUUGUUUCAGAAACAAAGCUCCCUACAAAACAGGUCUUCUUGUGUGUUUAUUGGAAAGUCAUGGGACUUAGUCGCGUUCAAUGAAUCCCAUCGUAAGUGGAGGACAAUGACAUAACAAGUUCACGAAUUGUAAAAGAUUAAGUACAUGUUUGUCUACAUCCAUGACUCUUCUUCAGGUCAGGCUAUUUGUUUCCCACACGCUACCUGCUCAUUAUAUAUACACCUUAUUAGUUAUGUUGUCAUUUAUACUUGGUAUAAAACCACAUAUUACACAACAGAAUAAAUUUCACCUACGACACCACCAUCAAGACAGAAUCAAAUGAAGGGAAAUUUGUGGCUGGUUGCUUUGUUUUUGGUUCUCUCUUUGGUGAUUUCAUCUUAUGCAGCUUCAACUCAGCCAUACCAAUUCCGCAAACUUUUGAAUAUAGAAGCAUCACCUAGUAAGUCAGGAUCUGCGGGCCAUCACUAAUGCUGUUAGCAAGGCGAAAGCAUCGGGAGAUGAAGCAUGAGAGCUGCCGUCUAUGGAUCGUGGAUGUUGGAUUGACAUGUAUGCGCAUUUGGAUGUAUGAAGAGUUUCAAUUGAACUCUUCGUACCCGGACUAUAUAAGGAUUAGUAAUUGACAUAUUGUUUCGUCAAAUAUUAUUUGAAAUUUAGUCUAACUGUGAAAGCAUAGGAUGAAAACUCCAUUUAAUAACUUUUUAUCACCUCCAAAAGCUGUGUAAUUUCUUUGCUGCAUAAUCCUAUAGUACUUAUUUAUUUAGGCCAUGGAACAUGCAAGUCUAUAUAUAUCUAACAAAAAAACAAAAAUGAAGAAAAA